AAUUUUACUACUUCACUACAUUUGCUCUGAAAUAGUCUGAAAAAUGUUUUAGCCAACGAGAGGAACUUCAUGAAAAUUACAAUUUUCUUGAAUAGAGCCUCUUCUGGAACGGCCAUAAUUCACAGCUUGCUGAAAACGUCUUUAAGUGGAAAAAUCUAGAGAAACAUUUAAUCAAGUCAACAUAUCUUUGUAACAAUAUUUUAAAAUCACCAGCGGUGUUAUUUUAGUGCGAUUGUCGAUCUCGUCGGUCUCGGUUCGAAUCACGGCGUUGCACAAAUAAAGUUUCUCUAUGUAUGUAUCAUUAAUCUUGCUCAAAGGAAAAUUUUGUGAGGAAUCCGACUUGUUUGAAACCCUAAAAUUUACGAUGUUGAAACAUAUUACACGCGUGCCAGGCUGAUUGAAACGGAUUUAAAUUGGGAGGAGGAUUAUUUAUAAACUACAUACAAACUUAAAAUACAAUACAACUUUUACAAACACUUAAACAUACAACGAUCGUUGUAAUAAUUACACCGCUAAUUUUGAGAUACACAUAUUCCACGAUUAAAGAUUAAAAAUGCUAUUAGUGACGUUAUUGCCUUAAAAAAUUAAUCACAAACGAUAUCAUAAUAUUAGGCUGUGUUUCCGCCAUAAGACGUGGGUGGUGACUAAAAUCCCAUAUCAUUUAAAAUUGAAAUGGAAAGAGAAUUUCGUACGUGAAGUUUCACUUAAAAAAAAGUUACCAUUUAUAAAGUCUUUAUUUAACUAUUUUAACUCCGUUUAAGAUUGUACAUUGUUUCUCAAUAGCUAAUCCGUGAUAAGAUACAAGUGAUUGUAAAACAGUUAGUCGGUAAAAUGUUUCAUAAUGUGCUGCGGUAUAGAAAUCAGAUUUUAAUUACUUUAUGUGGGUAUGUGGGUCACCUGCUCUGUGGCUAUGGAAUCAGUUGGACAGCGCCGAUUAUUCCAAAAUUGGAGAACCCUGACGAAUCUCCAUUAUCAAGACCACUUUCCGACAUAGAAAUGUCUUUGCUGGCAUCUGUAUUAUAUAUUGCUGGGUUACCGGCUGUUCUCUCGAUGAGCUGGUUCUCCAACUUCAAAGGCCGAAAAGCAAGUUAUGUUCUCUCGGCAAUUUUUUACAUCAUCGGUUUCGCAAUGUUGGGGUCAGCUACGAACUUCACGAUGAUGUUUAUUGCUAGAAUCAUCAACACAUUUGGAUUUAGCAUAGCGAAUAUGAUAAACACCAUUUAUAUCGGAGAAAUCGCAUCAAGUAAUAUUCGAGGGAUCUUCCUGACUGGGCUUGGAGUUAUACAAACAUUGGGAUCCCUAAUACUAUUCAGUGUCGGACCUUUCGUUUCCUACAGUAUGGUCUCAUAUAUUGGUGUUGCUAUAUCUUCAGUAUAUUUCCUGGCAGUUCUCUGCAUACCUGAAUCUCCUGUAUAUCUCGCUUUGAAAGAUGAAGACAAAAAAUUAAGCCAAGUCCUCCAAAUACUUGGUAGGGAAUCCGAAAUAAAAAACAUAAUGGAACUAAAGAAUACUCAAGUCAAAACAAACGAUUUAGAGGACUGGAAAGAAUUGUUUACACUUAAAUGCAACAGGAAAGCAUUAUUUAUUACAGUAACUAUAAGCGUAUUGAACUAUUUAAGUGGAAUGUUAGUGGUUGUUUUUUUUUCGACGUCGAUUUUCAAAAUGGCGGAUUCAUCUGUCGCGCCAAGUUUAGCUACUAUUAUCAUUGGAUGUACUCAAUUGGUGGGGAGUAUUAUUGCUCCAUUCUGCGUGGAAAUAUCAGGAAGGCGAAUUUUGUUAUUGGUUUCAACAGGCAUUUGUUGUGUUAGUAUGGUCGUGUUUGGCUUUCAUUUCUAUUUGAUACACAUAAACUCACCCCUUGUGGAGCACAUUAAAUGGCUUCCCUUAGCCUCAUUAGUGGUCUUCUUCAUGAGUAACAAUAUGGGCUUUGGCGUCAUACCCAGUACACUAACAGGGGAAUUAUUCAACUCCAAUGUUCGAAGCAAAGGCACGGCCUCCGUCUUCGUGGUGUCGUGGAUCUCUGGCUUCAUCAUCACAACCAUUUUCAACACCCUGAUCUCAUCUAUUGGCGCUUAUGCCGUCUUCUGGUUCUUCGCCUUUACGUGCGGGUUGGCUUUUCUCUUCACUUUGUUCUUUAUACCAGAGACAAAGGGCAAGAGCUUAAUAGAAAUACAAGAAAUGCUGAGUAAAUGAUUUAUUAUUUGUA